GAUCAUUGUCUCAAGAGCUGUAGUGUUCACUCAUAUAUAAGAAAGAAUUGGCUUGGAUCCAUUGUCUUCCCUUUUUCUGCUCUUCUGCAACAAUCUGAGAUUAGUGGAACAUUUCAAGUAACUAUUCCACCAGUUUUGCUUGGAUAUACUUGGAGUAAUACUUAUGUAUUUCCUAGAGAAGAUUCCAAUGAACAGAAUUUAAAAGAAUGUAUAUUCUUAAAUAUUUUUGCUACCAUUGAACCUCAAAUAUCAUAUGUCACCUAUAAUCCAACACUAGAUAAGUUUUUAGAUCAAGCAGAGGUCUUGCAGAGAGCACAGAUUUUUAAAAAGAAUUGUAAGGCAAUCUUUCCCAACCGAAGAAUCAUAACUACUGUUUUUAAUGAUGAAGGGAUACAGUUCUUAGUCACAAGAUAUAUCAAGGCAUUAAAUCCACCUCAGCAACUUCUGGAUAUGUUUCUUCACAAUUCUAAUGCAACACUUGACCUCAUUGCUCGAUUUGUAUCUUUGAUUCCUUUUAUGCCUAAUACACCAGAUGAAAAUGAUGGUUCUGAUAUAUGGAUGACAUCGGAGCGCUGCAUCAGUUUGGCUAUUGGAAAUAAGGAGGAGCAUGCCAUCCUUCUCUGUAAUUUCUUUCUGUAUUUUGGAAAGAAGGCACUGGUCCUCUUGGGAACCUCAGGGUUAGAAGGACAUGUGGCUUACGUAUUAACUCAAGAAACUAAUGAAUAUUUGCUUUGGAAUCCAUCAACUGGCCAAUGUUAUAAGCAGUUUGACCCAUUUUGUCCCUUAAAAAGUGUAGAUUGUUUGUUUGAUGAUAGAAAUGUCUGGUUUAAUAUUCAACAAAGUAAUACACCAAUGGCUGUAUUUUUUGAUUACUCAAAGGAAAGUUUCUGGAAGCCAUUGCUUCCAAAAAAUGUUCAAGGGACAAAAGUACAAAGCAUACAGCCUGAAGAAAUAAUUUAUUUUGAAACUGAUAAAAGCAUGGUAGAAGAUCUGAGGAAUAGGAUCGAAAGGACUCUGAAGAGUAAAGUGAUGGAAUGGCGACCUAAACACCCAACACGUUGGAAUCGACAAUGUACUUUGAUUUUGCGACAGAUCCUUCCUAAGCUGGAACUUGGCAUAGGAAGAUUUGUUUCAUCUGAAGGAGAUAAUGAAUUUGAAAGAAUACUACAAUUUUAUUGGGUCACGGGAUUUCCCAUCCAGAUGCCAUACACUGAUGUACAGUCAGUUAUUGAUGCUGUUUAUCAAACUGGAAUUAAUUCUGCUGAAUUUCCCCAGACAGAAUUUGCUUUAGCUGUUUACAUUCACCCAUACCCAAACAACAUAUUAUCUGUGUGGGUCUAUUUGGCUUCCUUAGUUCAAUAUCAGUGAAAAGGAGGCAGAGCAAAGUAAAAGAUUAUACUAUGGGCCUCUAGUACCAACAAAAACUUUUCUGGUACCUUGAGGUUUUGCUGUUUAUUCUCAAGUCCAGCCAAGUGCUGGGCUCAAUUUUUUAUUCACUUACAGAAUUGGGCACUAUGGAGACUCGCACCCCUGAGUGAGUCUUUGAGGAGGAGUCUAGAUGAACUUCUCACCAGAGACUUCGCCUUCUCAUCAGAGGAGGACCUUUGGGUAGUCUGGCUGUCUUAGGUCACUGUCUGCAGUAGGUCUUAGUCUGGGAAAGAAGCAAUUUUGGCCUCUUCUCGUAAGACCAAUUUUUCUCAAAUUCUAGAACUCAUACCACCUCUGUCAGAAUCAUCUGGAGAGCUUUGUUGAAAAUGUAGAUUACUAGAUCCUACUCAAGACAGACUGAAUCAGCACCUGUGAGAGUAAAGCUACAGAACCUGAGUUAUUUUCAACAAACUCCCCAGAUAAUUCUGAUGCACUGAGAUGAAGCAGAACCCAGCUUUAAAGAAUGUUGUCAUUGCUAAACUAAGGCUGGUACAUUUGAUGCUUGUUCUGAUACAAUUCCAGAUGGAAAUU